AUGUCUUCAUCUAAGACUGGCAAGCACGGGCAUACCAAGGUUCAUCUUGUGUGCAUUGAUAUCUUCACGGGUAAAAAGCUUGAGGAUGUUGUUCCUGCCACCCAUGAAGUCGACGUUCCAAAUAUUCAUAGAGAUGAAUAUAGGCUGGAGGGAGUUGAUAGCGGACACCUUGUGUUAACAGAUCAGGAUGGUAAUGCCAAGAAUGAUGUUACUGUACCUGACGGUGAUAUUGGUUCCCAGAUUAUGGAUCGUCUUGACAGUGGUGAUAGCUCAAUUGUUACUAUCCUGCGUGCUAUGAAUGAGCAAGCAUGUAUUGGUUAUAGGGAUGCGUAA